UUGAAAAUACUUAUGUAUUUAAAUAUGUAUUUGUAUUUGUAUAUGUGCAUAUAAAAUGCACUCAUAAGCUUAUUAUACUUUAUUUACCAGCUUCGCAUAAUUGUAAUACUUAUAAGCAUAUUCUUGAUACAUUAAACGGUCAGUCCACUCAUAAACCUCAAACCGUCGUGUUCUUUAUUCUCUCUCUACAUGGUAGCAGAGCAAGGUUACUGCUGUAGUGUCGGGUGUCGGAAUUAAAUAAAUAAAAUAAAAAUCAAAAGUGCAAAAUCUGCUGUAAUAAUAAAAAUAAAAUAACGCUUCAAUUAAAAUGGAAAAGGGUUUUGAAGUAGAGAAACUCAAAGGCCAGGAAAAUUUCCACAACUGGUGUUUCGCAAUAAAAAAUAUAUUAGCAUUCAAAGGUCUGCAUAAGUGUAUAACCGAUCCUGUCACAGAAACAAACGCUGAGAAAUUAACUAAUUGCAAAGCCCUGUUAGCUCUAAGCGUAGCGCCAUCGCUGUACGUUCACAUAUCCAGAUGUGAAACAGCGCUAGAAAUAUGGCAGAAACUAAAAAAUCUGUAUGAGGACAAAGGCUUAACAAGAAAAAUUGGGUUAUUAAGAGGCCUGAUCUCUUGCAGAUUAGAAGACUGCGAGAACAUGCAAUCAUACAUUGAUAGAAUUAAAGAUAAUUCUAAUAAAUUAAAUGAAAUUGGUUUUGAGAUAAAUGAGGAUUGGCUGACGGCGAUAGUAUUGGCUGGUUUAACUGAUGCAUAUAAACCAUUUAUAAUGGGAAUUGAAGCAUCAGACUCACAAAUAAAAUCAGAAACAAUAAUCGCUAAACUGUUGGACUCUGAUACCAACACAACCACAAAAAGUGAUGCAUUUCUUAGUAAAAAAAGGUACGAAAAUAAGCAAAAAUCUUACAAAAGAAAAAAUGCACAACUUGUGGAAAGAAACAUGCAGGGGAAUGUCACUACAAGAAAAAUAAUGCACAAAAUGGCACAGCAAAAAAUGCAUUCACAGCGUUAUUAA